AUGCCGCGUAUUCAAUAUAUCGGCCAAGUUAGCAAAUCUUUUGGCAAUACAUUACCAGAAUUAUGUUCGAAAUUAAAAAAUUUUGGUAUUGGACGAAUGUUUAUUCGGACAGCGCACGAUCAAGAUCGAGAAGUAUCUUACAUUAUUUUGACAAAAAGUCGUCCAGUUAUAACAAAAACACCUCCAAAAGUGAUUAUAGCAAAAUUAGAUGAGAUAGCAAAAUUAACCCAAAAAGUUGAAGAUACUGUGAGUACAUUUUACGGUAUUACUGUUGAAAAUGGAGAAAAACGUGGUGAAAUGAAAUUAUCCGGUGUAACCAAUCCCGAUUGGCGUUUAAUACCAAAAGCCAAUGAAUCUUAUUAUUUGAAAAAUACAUUUGAUAAAAGUGGAAUACAUGAUUUAUCUAAAACCGUUUCAAUUCAAGCUCAACGUUUUAUUGAUAUACCACCAUUAUUAUCGACAAUACUAAAUCGAGAACAAACUUUAACGAGUAAAGUUGAUGUACAAAAACCGAUUAAAAUGCCAAAUAAACUUUUUUCUUCCGAUAAAACAGCUUAG